CAAGAAGGGGGGUGCAAUUGAGAGAAGAACGCAUUUCUCAGUCAUUCCUAGCCAUAUUUCCCAGCCCUUCCUAGCCACCGCUCUCUGAAUGGUCUCUUCCUGGCUGGAGUUACAGGGGCUUUCUGGGGAGGAGGGCACCGCGUUGCAGUUUGCAGCAAUGGGAGCGGCGGUGAAGGAAGAGGCGGGGGGAUGCAGUCCAGGCAAAGAGGAGGAGGAGACUUCUUCCCUGCUGUUGCCGCCAGGAUCUUCAUCCUCAUCCUCACCCUGGGAGAAGAAUCCCGUUUGCUAAGGAGACCCCGACGCUGGCCAAGAUUGAGGCCAACUCUUUGCACCCCAGCGCCCUCGCCAUGUCCACCAAAGCGGAGCAGUUUGCUUCCAAGAUCCGAUACCUGCAAGAAUACCAUAACCGCGUCCUUCACAACAUUUAUCCUGUCCCUUCUGGAACUGACAUUGCAAACACUCUGAAAUACUUUUCUCAAACCUUGCUAAGCAUUUUGUCCCGCACAGGGAAGAAGGAGAAUCAAGAUGCCUCCAAUUUGACAGUGCCCAUGACCAUGUGUCUUUUUCCUGUGCCAUUCCCACUCACCCCAUCUCUAAGACCACAGGUCAGUUCCAUCAACCCUACUGUUACUCGCUCCCUCCUUUACAGCGUCCUGCGAGAUGCUCCCACUGAACGCGGCCAGCAAAGUCGUGAUGCUCAGUUAUCAGACUACCCAUCAUUGGACUAUCAAGGACUCUACGUGACAUUGGUGACUCUACUGGAUCUAGUUCCUUUGCUACAACAUGGUCAACAUGAUCUUGGACAGUCAAUUUUUUACACAACGACUUGUUUGCUCCCUUUUCUCAAUGAUGACAUCUUGAGUACUUUGCCAUAUACAAUGAUUUCCACAUUAGCCACGUUUCCACCAUUUCUGCACAAAGAUAUUAUUGAGUACCUCAGCACAUCUUUCUUGCCCAUGGCGAUAUUGGGCUCCUCAAGAAGAGAAGGGGUCCCUGCUCAUGUUAAUCUCUCUGCAUCUUCAAUGCUAAUGAUUGCAAUGCAGUAUACAUCCAAUCCUGUAUACCAUUGUCAAUUACUGGAAUGCCUUAUGAAGUACAAACAAGAAGUUUGGAAAGACUUGCUAUACGUGAUAGCAUAUGGCCCAUCUCAAGUAAAACCACCUGCUGUACAAAUGCUUUUCCACUACUGGCCCAACUUAAAACCUCCCGGGGCAAUAAGUGAAUAUCGAGGAUUGCAAUACACAGCAUGGAAUCCCAUACACUGUCAACACAUUGAAUGCCAUAAUGCCAUUAACAAGCCAGCUGUCAAGAUGUGCAUAGACCCUUCCUUAUCUGUGGCGUUGGGGGAUAAACCACCCCCACUCUACCUUUGUGAGGAAUGCAGCCAGAGGAUUGCAGGGGAUCACAGUGAAUGGUUGAUUGAUGUUCUUUUGCCACAAGCUGAAAUUUCUGCCAUAUGUCAAAAAAAGAACUGUAGCUCGCAUGUUCGGAGAGCUGUUGUCACCUGUUUUUCUGCUGGCUGCUGUGGUCGCCAUGGGAACAGGCCGGUGCGCUAUUGCAAACGAUGCCAUUCGAAUCAUCACAGCAGCGAAGUUGGCGCAACGGCUGAGACUCAUCUCUACCAGACCUCACCACCUCCAAUCAAUACGCGUGAAUGUGGGGCAGAGGAGCUAGUUUGUACUGUGGAAGCUGUCAUCAGCUUACUAAAAGAAGCUGAAUUCCAUGCUGAACAACGAGAGUAUGAGCUCAACCGCCGGCGGCAGCUGGGCCUGUCCUCUUCACACCACUCUUUGGACAACACAGACUUUGACAACAAAGAUGAUGACAAACAUGACCAACGCCUUCUGAGCCAGUUUGGAAUUUGGUUCUUGGUCAGCCUUUGCACUCCUAGUGAGAACACACCUACAGAGAGCUUAGCGCGGCUUGUCAGCAUGGUUUUCCAGUGGUUCCAUUCCACAGCAUAUAUGAUGGAUGAUGAAGUGGGGAGCCUGGUGGAGAAACUCAAACCUCAAUUUGUCACCAAGUGGCUGAAGACGGUGUGCGAUGUUCGGUUUGAUGUCAUGGUGAUGUGCCUGCUACCUAAGCCAAUGGAGUUUGCAAGGGUGGGUGGCUAUUGGGACAAGUCCUGUAGCACUGUGAUGCAGUUAAAAGAAGGUCUAAAUCGGAUCCUCUGCUUGAUUCCAUACAAUGUAAUAAACCAACCUGUGUGGGAUUGCAUUAUGCCCGAGUGGCUGGAAGCCAUCAGGACAGAAGUUCCAGAUAACCAACUGAAAGAAUUCAGAGAAGUAUUAAGCAAAAUGUUUGAUAUUGAGCUGUGCCCACUCCCUUUUUCCAUGGAGGAGAUGUUUAGUUUCAUCAGCUGUCGGUUUACAGGGUAUCCGUCUUCUGUACAAGAACAAGCCUUGCUUUGGCUCCAUGUAUUAUCUGAAUUAGACAUUAUGGUUCCUCUUCAGUUGCUAAUCAGUAUGUUUUCUGAUGGGGUUAAUUCUGUAAAAGAGCUGGCAAAUCAGAGGAAAUCAAGGGUCACGGAGUUGACUGGGAAUCUUGCAGCUCGAAGGGUGAGCAUUGCUUCUGAUCCAGGACGUCGAGUGCAGCAUAAUAUGCUGAGCCCAUUCCCAAGUCCAUUUCAAAGUCCUUUUCGCAGCCCCAUGCGCAGUCCUUUCCAUAGCCCUUUCAAGAACUUUGGACACCUUGGAGGAGGAGGCAGUGGCGGAGGAGGAGGCAGGACCAUUGACUUUGACUGUGAUGAUGAUGAAAUGAACUUGAAUUGCUUCAUCUUGAUGUUUGACCUCAUCUUGAAGCAGAUGGAACUUCAAGAUGAUGGCAUUACCUUAGGCUUGGAGAACAGUAUCUCCAAGGACAUCAUUUCCAUCAUCAGCAAUGUGUUCCAGGCCCCCUGGGGUGGCUCUCACACCUGCCAAAAAGAUGAGAAAGCAACCGAAUGUACCCUCUGCCAGUCUAGUAUUUUGUGCUAUCAGUUGGCUUGUGAGUUAUUGGAAAGACUAGCCCCCAAAGAAGAAAUCAGACUAGUGGAACCUACAGACAACUUGGAGGACAGUCUUCUCUAUUCUAGACCUGAGUUUAUCAUAGGAACUGAAGGUGAAGGAGAAAACAAACCAGACACCAAUCAUGGAGAAAACCCAGGAAAUCAUACAGAGACAACAGAAAAUACAGCUGCCAUCAAAAAUGACACAGAGAGGAAAUUCUGUUACCAGCAGCUUCCAGUGACACUGAAGCUCAUCUAUACAAUUUUGCAGGAAAUGGCACGAUUUGAAGAGCCAGAUAUUUUGUUUAACAUGCUUAACUGUUUGAAGAUACUCUGUCUUCAUGGGGAGUGCUUAUACAUUGCCAAGAAGGACCAUCUACAGUUCUUAGCCCAUAUUCAGGACCAUAUGCUGAUUGCCAGCUUAUGGCGAGUUGUAAAAUCAGAGUUUUCCCAGCUCUCUUCGCUGGCAGUGCCCCUUCUUCUCCAUGCUCUGUCACUUCCACAUGGAGCUGAUAUCUUCUGGACAAUCAUCAAUAGCAAUUUCAACAGUAAAGACUGGAAGAUUAGGUUUGAAGCAGUGGAGAAAGUAGCAGUGCUUUGCAGGUUCCUGGAUAUUCACUCAGUGACCAAAAACCACUUACUGAAGUAUUCCUUGGCGCAUGCCUUCUGCUGUUUUCUGACUGCUGUAGAAGAUGUUAAUCCUGCAGUGGCCACCAGAGCAGGGCUCUUGCUAGAUACCAUAAAGAGGCCAGCUUUGCAGGGCCUAUGCCUUUGCCUUGAUUUCCAGUUUGACACAGUCAUCAAAGACAGGCCCACGAUUCUUAGUAAACUUUUGCUACUUCAUUUUCUCAAGCAAGACAUUCCAGCUUUGAGCUGGGAAUUCUUUGUGAAUCGGUUUGAGACCCUUUCUCUUGAGGCUCAACUUCAUUUAGACUGCAAUAAGGAGUUCCCCUUCCCAACAACAAUCACAGCAGUCCGGACAAAUGUUGCCAACUUGAGUGACACAGCAAUGUGGAAGAUCAAGCGAGCGCGGUUUGCCCGGAAUCGCCAGAAAAGUGUGCGCUCACUGAGGGACAGCGUGAAGGGUCCAGUGGAGUCCAAAAGGGCACAGUCUCUCCCAGAAACCUUAACAUCCAAAAUUCCGGCAAGACUAACUAGACAUGAGCAGUCUGCUCCAGCACUUGGUGGGACACCAGAGCAAACACAAGGGCAACCUUCUCCAGAGAAUGAUAACACCAUAAAGGACCUUCUUCCAGAGGAUGCUGGCAUUGACCAUCAGACUGUCCACCAACUCAUUACUGUGCUAAUGAAGUUUAUGGCAAAGGAUGAGAGUAGUGCGGAGUCAGAUAUCAGCAGUGCUAAAGCCUUCAACACGGUCAAACGCCAUUUAUAUGUCUUGCUGGGCUAUGACCAACAGGAAGGAUGUUUCAUGAUUGCACCUCAGAAAAUGCGCAUUUCAACAUGCUUCAAUGCUUUUAUUGCAGGGAUUGCUCAAGUGAUGGACUACAAUAUUAACCUGGGGAAACACCUCCUUCCUUUAGUGGUUCAGGUGCUGAAAUACUGCACAUGCCCUCAGCUCAGGCAUUACUUCCAGCAGCCUCCCCGCUGUUCGCUCUGGUCCCUUAAGCCUCAUAUUCGGCAGAUGUGGCUGAAGGCAUUACUUGUCAUCUUGUAUAAGUAUCCUUACAGAGAUUGUGAAAUCAGCAAAAUCAUGUUGCAUCUCAUCCAUAUAACAGUCAACACCCUAAAUGCGCAGUAUCAUAGUUGCAAGCCACAUGCCACAGCAGGUCCUUUGUACAGCGACAACAGCAAUGUAAACAGAUACAGCGAGAAGGAAAAAGCUGAAGAAGACAGUGUCUUUGAUGAAUCCGAUAUUCAUGAAACGCCCACUGGAACAGGCAAUAAAGAAUCCCAGACUUUCUUCGCAAGACUGAAAAGAAUUGGAGGCAGCAAAGUGGUGAAAUACCAGCCAGUUGAAAUGAAUGCUCAGAGAAGUGAAAUAGAGCUCGCUGAAUACAGGGAAACUGGUGCAAUGCAAGACAACAUUUUGCGCUGCGUGCGAGAAGAAAGCUUUCAGAAGAAGAAAUUGCGCUCUCUCAAACAAAAGUCUCUUGACAUUGGAAAUGCAGAUUCCUUGUUGUUUUCAUUAGAUGAACACCGCCGCAAGUCAUGCAUAGACCACUGUGACUUAGAGAAGGCGCCUCACACACUGAGGCAGAAUGAUUAUGGACGACCUCGGCAGAAUUCCUCCACCAAGACAGAUGAUGAAGGGGAGAAGGAAAAUCCUCGAACUGUCCCAGAAAAAACCCUAAUGAGGCGGAGACCUAUCAUACCUGAAGUCAGGUUAAAUUGCAUGGAGCCAUAUGAACUGAUAGUAGAUUCCCCCAUUAAAUCGUCUCCUCCAAAAGAGGACUUAGAUCUUAUAGAUCUGUCCUCUGAUUCAACAUCAGGGCCUGAAAAGCAAUCAGUUGUUUCCAAUUCGGACAGUGACUCCUUGGUCUUUGAGCCUCUUCCACCUCUCCGAAUAGUGGAAAGUGAUGAGGAAGAAACUGAUAUUACAAGUCAGCUGAAUGAUGGUGUCUCCACUAAGACUGCUGCCUCAUCUCCAUCAAGUCCCAUAAGUAUCUCUUUGCUCAGCCUUAGCAUAACUCCCCUUGUACAGUUCAGCACUGAUGAUUGUUCCAAAGAUGUCACCACUUCUGAAGCAAGCGAUAUUGUCUCACUUACUCAAGAUGAGACUCCCUCAGCUACCCUCAAAAGCCAGAAAGAUGUUGAUGAACUUUCUAAGCCACGAGACAUUAAGGAGACAUCUUCAGGUAGUCCCUUGACACUAAAACAGAAGCGAGAUCUGUUGCAGAAGUCAUUUGCUCUUCCAGAAAUGUCCAUUGAUGAUACUUCAGAGUUAUGCAUAGAAGAAAUUAUGCCUCUUGGACCUUAUCCUAGUUCAAGUGGAAAAACAGUCUCCAUUAAAGUCCCCGAGGAAUCUGAAAGCCAAACUGAAACUGAUAAGCCUGAUGCCAGUGCAGAAUCUGAUACAGAGCAAAGUGCAGAACAAAAGCAGGAGGAAGAAGCGGGAGUGGGAGCAGAAGCAGAAGCGGAAGUGGAAGCAGAAGCAGAAGAAUCAGAAUUCAAGAUCCAAAUUGUUCCUCGGCAAAGGAAGCAGAGAAAGAUUGCAGUGAGUGCCAUCCAGAGAGAAUACCUUGAUAUUUCCAUCAACAUUUUAGACAAGUUGGGCGAGCAAAAAGAAACAGAUGCUUCAGCGAAAGCACUUUCAACAUUGGAAAUGCCAAGGGAAUCGUCAUCUGCUCCAACACUUGAGGCAGGUGUACCAGAGACGAGUAGCCAUUCUUCCAUGUCAAAUCAGUUUCGACAGAUGAAAAGGGGUUCACUAGGAGCACUCACCAUGAACCAGAUAAUGAAAAGGCAGCUAGAACACCAGUGUAGUGCUCCCCAUAAUAUUAGCAACUGGGAUGCUGAACAGAUACAGCAUGGGAAGAGGCCGUGCAAUGUUUCAGUUUGCCUAAACCCUGACCUGGAGGGACCACCACUAAGAAUAAGAGGUGCCACGAAGUCCAGCUUGCUGUCAGCACCCAGUAUUGUUAGUAUGUUUGUACCAGCACCAGAGGAUUUUAUUGAUGAUCAGCCUACUAUGAUGACUGACAAGUGCCAUGAUUGUGGAGCCAUCCUAGAAGAGUACGAUGAAGAAACAUUAGGUCUGGCCAUAGUGGUGCUUUCCACAUUUAUUCAUCUUAGCCCAGACCUGGCUGCACCUUUGUUACUGGAUAUCAUGCAGUCUGUAGGAAGGUUGGCAUCAAGUACCAAUUUUUCUAAUCAAGCAGAAAGCAUGAUGAUCCCAGGGAAUGCUGCAGGAGUGGCCAAGCAAUUUCUCCGUUGUGUAUUUCAUCAGCUUGCUCCCAAUGGUAUAUUUCCCCAGCUGUUCCAGAGCAACAUCAAAGAUGGAGGUUUUUUGAGGACCUUGGCCACAUCUCUUAUGGAUUUCAGUGAACUCAGCUCCAUAGCUGCAUUAAGCCAGCUCCUAGAGGGUUUAAACACCAAAAAGAAUUUGCCAGGAGGGGGUGCAAUGUUGCGCUGUUUGGAAAACAUUGCUGCAUUUAUGGAAGCUUUGCCUAUGGAUACCCCAAGCAACCUUUGGACUACCAUCAGCAACCAGUUUCAGACUUUCUUUACAAAGCUGCCUUGUGUUUUGCCACUUAAGUGCUCUUUAGAUUCCAGUUUAAGGAUAAUGAUCUGCUUGCUGAAGAUCCCAACCAGCAGUGCUGCCAGGAGUCUUCUGGAACCAUUUUCAAAACUGCUGAGUUUCAUAAUCCAGAAUGCUGUCUUCACCUUGGCUUACCUGGUUGAACUAUGUGGUUUGUGCCAUAGAGCAUUCACUAAGGAAAGGGAUAAAUUCUACUUGUCUCGAAGUGUCAUCUUGGAGUUGCUGCAAGCUCUGAAGUUAAAGUCACCCUUGCCAGAUACAAACCUGCUACUCUUGGUUCAGUUUGUUUGCACAGAUGCAGGAACCAAACUUGCUGAAUCCAUGAUCUUGAACAAGCAGAUGAUUGCUUCUAUCCCUGGAUGUGGAACAGCAGCAAUGGAAUGCAUGAGGCAAUAUGUUGGGGAAGUCUUGGAUUUUAUAGCUGAUAUGCAUACGUUGACUAAAUUGAAGAGUCACAUGAAAACAUGUUCUCAGCCUCUGCACGAGGACACUUUUGGUGGGCAUCUCAAAGUUGGUUUAGCUCAGAUUGCUGCAAUGGAAAUCUCACGGGUCAACCACAGGGAUAACAAGUCAGUCGUCCGUUACUUGCCUUGGCUGUACCACCCUCCAUCUGCAAUGCAACAAGGGCCCAAAGAAUUCAUUGAAUGUGUAUCUCACAUCCGGUUGCUGUCCUGGCUCCUGUUGGGGUCACUGACCCAUAAUGUUGUCUGUCCAAAUUCCCCUUCAGUGUGUAUGCCUAUUCCACUGGAUGCAGGAUCUCAUGUUGCUGAUCACCUAAUUGUGAUUUUGAUUGGAUUUCCGGAGCAGUCCAAGACCUCUGUCUUGCACAUGUGUUCCCUCUUUCAUGCCUUUAUAUUUGCCCAGCUGUGGACAGUAUAUUGUGAACAAGCAGCGGUUGCUCCCACAGUCCAAAAUCAGAAUGAAUUUAGCUUCACAGCUAUCCUCACUGCUCUCGAAUUCUGGAGCCGAGUGACACCAAGCAUCCUUCAGCUGAUGGCACAUAACAAGGUGAUGGUAGAGAUGGUGUGCCUUCAUGUGAUCAGUUUAAUGGAGGCUUUGCAGGAAUGUAAUUCCACUAUUUUUGUCAAACUCAUCCCAAUGUGGUUGCCAAUGAUUCAAUCAAAUCUAAAGCAUUUAUCUGCUGGGCUCCAGCUCCGCUUGCAAGCUAUCCAGAACAACGUGAACCACCAUAGCCUUAGGAUGUUACAAGGAUCUGUUCAGAUGAACACCUGCUCUUCUGUCCUCCGCAAAUGGCUGCAGUGCACCCAGUUUAAAAUGGCUCAAGUGGAAAUCCAGUCGUCAGAAGCAGCCUCUCAGUUCUAUCCUUUAUGAACUGGGCAAAAUCUUCUGAAACUUUUAGUUUAGUCUAGCAAUAAUAGGGCUAAAGCUAUAAGACAAAAGGCCAUCCUUAAAAAGUAUAUAACAGUACUGUAGCUACAAUUUUUGUUGUCUUGUAGAUAUAGAGAAUUAAUAAAGAUAGUUGUCUGGCUGUGUCUGCCCAUCACCACAGACUGUUUUCAUUGGUCUGAAUAAUAACAGAGUCUAAAUCCCAUUGCCAGUCCCAACUAAAGUAGGAACAAAUCUUAAUCCAGCAUGGUUUUAUUCAUUUAGUGGUUGGGCAUUAGAUUGAGACCUAGAAUUGCUCAAAUUGGCCCUGGCCUGAUAUGCUUAGCAAGAUAUUUAAACACAUGCUUGAAAAUGUUCAUUUUUACAAUUAAGACUCCUCUUCCCAAAUAUUUUUAUAAAUUGAAAAUAUAGUGGUUAUGUCUGUUUACAGAGACAUCUGGGUUUUCUUUUGGGCUGUUGUUUUUAUGGUGUAACAAACACAAAGGAGAGUUUUAGGAAUCUUCUAAGUGCUUUCUGUUGUUGUUGUUGUUGUUGUUGUUUUGAGCCUCAAAGAAAUGCAAUAAAUAUUGUCACCAAAAAAUGGUGACCUUAUAAUGAGGAUUUUUAGCAGAACUUCCUUUUAUUUUCCAAAAUGAGAGUAACAACUGGCAGGCUCCAGUGAAUGGUUUGGACCUUAGUCUCAGCUCCAUAGUUUCAGGGGAUAUUAUAUCACGUUCCCCGAGAGGAAGGGAGGGAGGUGAGAACCUUCCCAGUUCAAAAUCCCUACUUUCAUUGACUUAAAUCCAUCUUACAAAACAGGGUUGGAGAGGAAAAUGAAAUGAAAAAGGUUAACUUCUAAGAUGAAGAUCAACCUUUUUUUUUUGAGCAGGUCAGAGACAUCUAAAACUAGUCAGGUUGGCUUACAAAGUGCACUUAGAGCUUAGGUGGUUAAACUGUGCCAGUCUAUUAGUCUAUUUUUUGUUGUUGCUUAAAAACUGUUGAAUAAAGUUAUGUACUUUUAACUUUGUUUCCUUGUCGAUAACUCUCCUGCAGUUAUUAAAUGGUUGAUUAACCUGCUGUAUACUUGUAUCUGUAUAAUAUAUCCUGUAUUUUAUGCCUUCUUAAAUACUUGUACACAGUCAGAUUUUCAAAUAAGCCCCAUUCCUGUAGUUGCUGGGGAGAAUGGCAAUGUUUCAGGCUUCCCUGGGGCAAAGGUUUGGGGUUGUAUAUUUGCAUAUAGCACAUAGAAAUUGUAGAGCCAGCCUAGAAAGUGAUGUUAAAUAUUUUUAAAGGAUAGAGUUUACUAGUAUUCAUAAGGACUGAUCCACAGAGAUGUACAGAAAAGCAACCUGUUGCUUUGCAUGGGGCUUUGGAUCAGAGCCUCAAAACAACCAAAUGCCUUGUAAUUGAGUUGUAACCUUUUUUGUAUAUACAUACAUAAUUGAGAUAUACUGUAUUUAUUGCUGUAAUACUGUGAAUAAAGAGGUAAAAAUGAAGCUUUAUAUUAAACUGCUAUGAAAUGCAUAGCUCUUUAAUACCACACUCAAUGAUACUGGUUAUUAUUUUCCUUCAAAUAAACUCAGUAGCAUAUUA